AUGACAACCAUUCCGGGCACCUACGCCAACGGCCCUCGUCGCAAGCCGCCUGUCGUUACCUAUGGGAAGCCUGUGCGCAACUCGACCUUUUCGACCACUGGUACAAAGUCCUUCUACGAUGACUCUAGGAUUCCUGCCUCACAAUCCAAGCUAAAGCGCCCCACUGCUAGCGCAAUCAGAAAGACAAAGGAAGCAGACGAUGAAUUCGACGUACCCAUGUCCGACGAUGAGUCCACGCCCGUACCCUCCAAACCGAAGAAACUUCACAAACCCUUGGUCAAGACCAGUCCAGUUGCUCCUAGCGCUGGCAGCAUCGGCAAUGGCCAUUCAGAUUCGGACUCACCACGCAAGCGCAAAAGGACCGUUUCACAACCUGUCCAGCCUCCGGAUGUCCGUCCCGCCGCAAAGGCCAACAAGGUACAGCAGGACAAGACAGAGGCUGAGCAGACUGCUUUUGAUGCUCCACAGCCACGACGCUCUAGAAGGCAAGUCGCUGGUGUAAAUUCUAUCACCUCAGCUCCGUCAUCCCACAGAUCCGAUCGCAAUGUAGCACAGACAACACAGUCCGUAGGCUCGAGUAGGAAGUCUGCCUGCCCAUUGUCUCCUGCUGUUGCUUCUCCAACCAGUCCCGCGGACUCGAUAUCAAGCAUUUCUACGACCCCGAAGCAAAAGAAGCUAUGGCAUGAGCUGCUUCUCUCCGAUCCUCCUGAUGAAGACGUCCAAAACUCGUCUCUCAACUCGGUACAAUUUUCAACAAACCGUGCUUUAGGUCGACCAAUCGACUUGACUCCGCAGCCCUGUGAUAUUCAAGAUUCGGGCGCAAAUAAAGCUCGCCUUGUUGAUCGUCUGAAGGGAAAGGCUGUUUCUGCUCAAAGUAGUGACGAGAGCUCCGAGGACGAAGCAAGCGAGCCACUGGAGGAGCCGACAUCUCAGCAUACAGAAGUCCUGAGGACCGUCACACAGUCUGAACCUCAGGACUCUACGCAACACUCCCAGUCACACAGUCGACUACAAGCACAGCUGUCAUCGACUAGCCAAGGCGCUAAAAGGGUGACCUACGCUAGGUCACGCACGUACUUACAGGAUAGUCUGGAAGAUAUGAUCUUUGGAGACCUGCCUAUCGAUGCGAUUGAACGACCUAUUGCAAGUGCUCGACGAACAAAGGUCUCUUCGGCAGCCACAUCAAAGUCGAAGCUCAUUUCCAGCCACGAGUCAGAUGAAGAGACUUCGCAAGGCAUUCGAAGCAUACACGACCUGAGAGCAGCCGGUCACAAGAGCAGAUUCUUGGAUGAUAUCACACGACUCCUUGACGAUAUUAAGAAUCCGAAACCAUCAACUCGGUCACAAAGGCGUAUGGCACUCAUAGAGCUCUCUGGGACGCUGACUGACAAUGAUUUUGCCUCGCGUUUCAUCGAGAAUGGAUUUGAUGCCAGCAUUGUUGCUCAAUUUCAGUUUGCUGGCAUGGACACUUUGGCUGAUAUGUUAGUGUGUGUCGUGCUUACACGAAUAGCACAAGCUUCCGCUUCCCUCCUCCAAGGAGGUGUUAUGGAGUUCUUCACUCCUUUUCUAGACGAGACCAGGGACAUCACCCAGAUCGCGAGGGAAAGGAAGAGUAACAUGUCCAAGGUCGCACAGUCUGAUUACCUUGAGUUCAUGGAAAAAGUCAGGUCUGCUGACGUUUGGGAAGACUGUUCACCAGAGUGCCUGUCUCCUUGCUCCAUUGCUGUCAUGAGCAUCGACUGCAUAGUUGUCACUCACAGGCGCAACAAGAACAGUGGCACCAUUCUCUCUCCUCAUACCGCGGCCAAGCUUGUCAGCUUAGCCACCGGUCAUGCAACAGGCUUUGAACACGUUUCCCAAGCUGUCACAAACCGGGCACUAUCUGCUCUUGAGGCUGCCACAACUCUUGACGUGGAGAGCGCAUCGUCAGACGUCUGGUCGGUUGCCGUACUCGCACAAGUUGCUAGCGCCUUGCCCCAGCUCCUUUGUAUGACAAGCCGUUCACAGGAACUCGCGCUACGGUUUUGCUGCUCUGUAACCAACGACAACAAAGACAACAGCAGUGUGUUCUGCGACCCUCUCACUAUUCAACUCAUUGUCUCGUUGAUUAUCGACGGCUUCAAUUCGCGUAAGACCGCAAGCGAGGUGGAGCUUGGCUCUGACCAUGACAUUCUAGUACUUGCUCUCGGCUUAAUGAUCAACCUGACCGGAGUGAGUGAGGUUGCACGCGAACGCGCCGCUUCUGUCAAAGACGAAGGGCUUGCUGCACUAGUAGACAUUUUCAUCAAAGGUCAGAAACAAGCAGCUGAGAGUCAAUCGGAAGAAGAGAUGCAAGCCCACAUCCCGCAUGCUUGGCUGACAGUCCUUCUCGGCUAUAUCUGCUUGGAUCUGAAGGCCAGGGCGCGGGUAAGUGACUGGUUGCCAGGCGAGAAUGGCACUGUCCUCGUGGAUGCUGUGGAAGGGAUUGCUUCGAUGAGCCAACAAGUGGAUAGUCAGGUCGCAGAGGAGAAGGGAGAGAUCUCGUCAGGAUUCACGCAGAAGCUCCAGGCACUUGUCGCGUGUCUGCGCGACGGUGUGUAA